AUGAAAAUAUUAAGUUUUGUUUCAACAUUUCAUGUUUUAGUUGGGUUAAUAAUGAAAAUAGAAAUUUCCUACUCAAAAAUGGAAUUAUUGAGGAGAGACUUCAAUAAAAGUGAAAAAUUUCAAAGAAAUAAUCAAUAUAUUCCUCAAAAUAAAAAAAACUGGCAUUACUUUAUACCUAUUUUCAAUUCCAGUGAAGAGUUUGUUCCCCCAAAUAGAACAUACGAGUUUCUUGAAUUAUAUAAAGAAAUCUAUGCAAUGAAAAAUGCCAGUAGUAAUUCAUUUAAAAAGGCUUAUAUAGAUGGUGUUUUGAUUCCAAAGACAGAUGCAAAAGUGGCAAAACUUAAGGCAGAAACUGCAUAUAUUGAGACAAAAAAUGCAGAAAAAAGAAAAAAAAUGAACUUAGUGAAGGAGGACUUCGAAAAAAAUACUCCAUUUUCUUCAAUUAUUGGAAAUAUUCUAAAUUCAUCUUCCCAGAUUAACGGUACUCAAAUAUUGGAUACUAUUUAUAACGAAACAUUUUACUAUCUGAAUAACAAAAAUCUGACAAAUUCAACUGAAGAAAUUACAUUGAGAUAUUCAUAA